CUUCACACCUCGCGCCUGUCUUCACGAAAACGAAGGGACUUUUAGCUUAUGCCAGGAGAGGAAAACGGCGCUGCCAAAGUUGUCAGGAAAUCAAGCACUGUCGUCGGCACUCGGACGGGUGACUGCAGCCGGCGGUUGAGGUGCUACAGCUGACUGCCGCCGUCAGCGUGGUUUGGUGCAGUGCGGGCUGAACGGCGCGCGUCUGUUGGUGCUGUGGAGGAUGCCACCUUGAACUCCCCUAGUCGGACGGACCUGGCACAUGGGUACCAAGAUUUGCAUUGAAGGGUCGAACCUAAGAUAUACAUCAACAACGUCUCCGUUUGCGAUAGCAACAGCAAACCAGCUUCGUUUGGAGAACGAGAACGAGGAACACACCGGUCGACGCGGCAGGAUCGAGUGCGUGCGUAUGCAUCUCCAGCAGGGCCAUUGUCAACCUGUCCCCGACCCCUGCAAUAUGUCAUCUGGACGGUCGUCGCUUUGA